AUGGUUCCCACAAAUAACCUUUCCUACACGGCUCCCGUCAACCCACCGGGAGAAACCCCACUUUCUCACGCCCAAGUAUGGGCCGGCCUUGUUUUGAAAAUCCGCUCUGCUGAAAGCUUUGUGUCGGGAGCUAUCUCUAAGACAGAGGUGUUGAGCGAAUCGGUCGAUCCAUCAUCAGGGAACAAAAUUAUUGUGCGAGAUGUGGUGUUCCGCGAAUCGGGCAAGAAAGUCCAGGAAACCGUGACGGCAUAUGAACCUACCCGAGUCGAGUUCGUGCAAGCCGGCGGCAAUAUUAGCAACGUCAUCAGCGAGGGAGGCAACGGGGAACUUUAUUUGACUUACAUCUUUGAGUGGAAACACCCCGAAGCGUCCAAGGAGGAGAUGGAAGAGCUUUUGGUGAAGGAGAAGAACAUGGGAAAAUCGGCGGUUGAAGGGACACUCAAGGUUUUGCGGCAAAUGGUUGCGGAUCAGAAACUUUGA